CAGUCCGGUCCACGAACCACCGCACCGCUGGUUUAAGUUAUCUGACACCUCGCGCACACUAGUAAAAGUUUUUUCAUCUCACGCUAACAUGCACCAACGGCAAACGUUAAAAUAAUUUAGGAAAUUUCAAGAUUUAACAUUUUUUUACACAACUUUCUCUCUCUUGCCUCUUCUUCAGUUCUUCUCCGUCUCUCCGUCGUUGCGCAACCGCACAGUUGAUAUCGUUUCUUCUCUCCUCUCUUUAUUCUUCUUCUUCUCCUCAUGGAGAUUCCGCUGCUUUUGCUGAUCGUAUCAGUGCCUACAAUUUCAUCGUGUUGAUUUGGUCUCGAUUGGAGGGAGCCAAGAAGAAUAUAUCUUUGAAAUCAGCAUCGAAUCUAGGGUUUUAGAGUGCUGGGUUUCUUCAAUUGGUUGCUGUUCUUGAUCUUGUUCAUGGUGGGUUACAUCUGAUUUUGGUGUUUGAAUUGUUAGUCAUACGGAAUUUGAAUUGAGAUGGGUAAUGUUGAAAUUCCGAAUUGGCUUAAAGCUUUGCCAUUGGCACCUGUGUUUAGACCUACAGACACUGAAUUUGCAGAUCCCAUUGCGUAUAUAUCGAAAAUCGAGAAGGAAGCUAGUGCUUUUGGGAUUUGCAAGAUCAUUCCUCCUUUACCCAAGCCAUCCAAAAAGUAUGUUUUCUAUAACUUGAACAAGUCUCUUUUGAAGUGUCCGGAGUUGGUUUCGGAUGUUGACAUUUCCAAGGUGUGUAAAGAGGAUAGAGCUGUAUUCACCACUAGGCAGCAAGAAUUAGGCCAGACUGUGAAAAAAACGAAAGGAGAGAAGAGUAAGAGUAAUUCUCAAAGGAGUGGUGUUAAGCAGGUUUGGCAAAGUGGAGGCGUAUAUACAUUGGAGCAGUUUGAAACUAAGUCGAGAACUUUCUACAAAAGCCAAUUAGGGACGAUUAAAGAAGUGUCACCAGUUGUCGUUGAGGCAUUGUUCUGGAAAACGGCUUCAGAAAAGCCUAUAUACAUAGAGUAUGCUAAUGAUGUGCCUGGCUCUGCUUUCGGUGAGCCAGAGGGUCAUUUCAGGCAUUUCCGGCAGAGGAAGAGGAGGGGCAGGGGAUUUUAUCAGAGGAAGACAGAAAUCAAUGACCCAUCAGGUAAGAACGGUGAAAACUCAUCCCCUGAGGUAGAAAAGGCACCCCUUGCUUCUACAAGUUUAUCAUCUCAGGAUUCGUCCAAGCAGAAGAACGUGGAUAUUGUUGAUGAAAUGGAAGGCACUGCAGGCUGGAAGCUCUCCAACAGUUCGUGGAACCUUCAGACGAUUGCACGUUCACCUGGUUCUGUUACACGUUUCAUGCCAGAUGACAUCCCUGGUGUCACAUCUCCCAUGGUUUAUAUCGGUAUGUUGUUCAGCUGGUUUGCCUGGCACGUUGAGGAUCAUGAGCUUCACAGUAUGAAUUAUCUUCACACUGGCUCACCAAAGACUUGGUACGCUGUCCCUUGUGAUUAUGCGCUUGACUUUGAAGAGAUUAUCCGCAAAAAUUCUUAUGGCAGAAACAUUGACCAAUUGGCUGCUCUCACCCAACUAGGCGAAAAGACAACUCUUGUAUCACCUGAGAUGAUAGUUGCAUCUGGCAUUCCCUGCUGUAGGUUGGUACAAAAUCCUGGUGAAUUUGUUGUGACUUUUCCGAGGUCUUAUCAUGUAGGAUUCAGCCACGGUUUUAACUGUGGGGAAGCCGCUAAUUUUGGAACCCCACAGUGGCUCAACGUAGCUAAGGAAGCUGCUGUGCGUCGGGCAGCCAUGAAUUAUCUACCCAUGCUGUCCCAUCAGCAGCUGCUAUAUCUCUUGACCAUGUCCUUUGUUUCAAGAGUGCCACGAUCAUUGCUACCAGGUGGUCGUAGCUCCCGACUGAGAGAUCGGCAGAGAGAAGAAAGAGAGUUCCUUGUGAAAAGAGCUUUUGUAGAAGAUAUAUUGAACGAAAACAAGAAUUUAUCUGUUCUUCUUCGAGAACCAGGCUCUCGUUUGGUGACGUGGGACCCUGAUUUACUUCCGCGUCAUAACGCAGUGGCUCUUGCAGCUGCUGCUGCUUCUGCUGUUUUACCUCCAGCAGUGGCAACAAAUGAACUUGAGGAGGGUCAUUCUGAAUUGCAGAAUAAAGAGAAGACGACUCUUUUAGAGGAAUUGAGCUUGUUCAUGGAGAAGCUGAAUGAUGUAUACUACGACGAUGAUGAUGGUCUGCUUAACGAUUUCCAAGUUGAUUCUGGAACCUUGCCAUGUGUGGCGUGUGGCGUUCUUGGCUUCCCCUUUAUGUCUGUGGUCCAGCCUUCAGAGAAAGCAUUAAAAGAUCUCCCAGAGAGACAAGGAGAUACAGGUAACAGAUCAGUUCUUAUCCAAGCUAUGAACUGCAUCAUAUGCCUUUUAAAGCCUAUUAAUUGUGUUUCUAUUAACUAUACAGAUGCUCAGGAAAUUACGACACUGUCAUCAGAAAAGUCUGACUGCGAAUGGAAAACGUCUUCUCGAUAUAUAAGACCUCACAUUUUCUGCCUUGAACACACUAUUGAACUUCAGAGACUGCUGCAACCCAGAGGUGGACUGAAGUUCCUUGUAAUUUGCCAUAAAGACUUUCAAAAAUUUAAGGCACAUGCGGCUAUAGUGGCAGAGGAGGUCAAAGUCCCUUUCAGAUAUGAUGAUGUCCUGUUAGAGAGUGCAUCUCAGGAAGAGUUGAGUUUAAUUGAUCUUGCAAUUGAAGAUGAAGAAAACUACGAACACGGUGUAGACUGGACCUCAGAACUUGGCAUCAAUUUACGGUACUGUGUUAAAGUGAGGAAAAAUUCCCCUACUAAGAAAAUUCAGCAUGCACUGUCACUAGGUGGCUUGUUCUCCGAUACCAGCCAGAUGCUAGAUAUUUCAACUAUGAGAUGGCUGCAGAGAAAAUCACGCUCAAAAGCUAAACCCAUUUCUACCUCAAGUUUCACACCUCGUGAACAUCUUGAAGUAAAAGCAGAUGGAAAAUUAAGGGAUAAUAUGGAUUCUCAGGCCGGAAAAAAGGAAGAAAAGAUCAUCCAGUACUCUAGAAAGAAAAAGUUGAAUCCAAAGCCUUCUGCAGAACAUGGUCAGGAGCUAGCUACCCUAGCUAAAUCAAAAGAUUUUGAUAAGACAUGCAAUAAAUUUACCAAUAGGUCACAUCUGGAUAGUGCAAUUCGUUCUGAGAUGAACAGUGAGAUUGGAGACUCUGGAAGGGUCAUUGGGGUAUCAUUUUCCAUAAAUCCUUGUAGCUCAUCUUUCACUGUGGGACAUGGGCAAGAACAUCCCGAGAUCACUGUCAAGUUUGGUUCAGCUUUAGAUGGGAAUGUCACAAAUAGUUCCAGUAUGGGGAAUACAGACUCUGCUGACCUAACCUUAACCUCCAUAUCUAGAGAGCACCAAGGACACUCUUUGACCAGCAACAAUAAUGGCUCCAACUCAGGUAGUCAUGUUGUGGCAAGCCAGACCAUACUUGUUUCUACAGAUAAUAAUCAUGGUGGACCAAGAAAAUUGUCUGGUGAUUAUGUCUGCAGUGAUGUGUUUGUACGUGGUAUUCAGGAAGCGGUUGAAAUGAGUGACCAAGAGUUUGGAGAACCUAGGUCUACUGUCACUAAUAUCGAGGAUGAACAGCAAUCAAAGUUGGUGCAACCAACCAAAAGAGAAGCUGUAUCUGGUGAUCACGCACAGGUGGAGGGAGCAGAAGCUGUGUGUACCAUAGAAAACUUGUGCUCUGAAAUUAUUCUGCACACUGAGCAUUCUUCAGCUCAAGUGGGUAUGGAAAUUCCUGAAAUAAACACGGCCAGUGAGAACAUAGUUGUUGACAUGACCCAUGAUGGUGAACCUUUAGAAAGUAGUGAUAUAUUAAGUUCGAGCAACGGUGAUCAAGCUUCUUCAAAUGGAUUGCAAGUUCUAGAUGAUGAGCUUAGCAUGGAGAGCGAAGUUUCAAGCUCAGAAAACACUGAGGUUAUCGAGGCUCCCAAUUCUAUGGAAGAAGCAAAGAAGAAGCGGAAAAUAGAAUCAGAGUGUGAAACAAAUGAUAAUCUAGAGCGUAGCAUUGGUUUCAUAAGGAGUCCUUGUGAAGGGUUGAGGUCAAGGGGCAAGAGGAAAGAAACAUGUGAAACUUCAUUAAAGCCCACUGAAACGAGUGAUGAAGAGAGGAAACCCAUUGCGAAAAGGCUCAAGAAAACUCCAAAGGCUUGCUCAGGGAGUUGUCACCAAGAAGUCCCCGCGACAACUCACCCCAACCGAUGUUACCUAGAGGGAUGCAAGAUGACUUUUGAGAGUAAAGCGAAAUUACAAGCUCACAAGAGAAACCGUUGCACUUACGAAGGGUGUGGAAAGAAAUUCAGGGCUCACAAAUAUCUGGUGCUUCAUCAACGUGUUCAUAAUGAUGAAAGACCUUUCGAGUGCUCUUGGAAAGGAUGUUCCAUGACUUUCAAAUGGCAAUGGGCGAGGACAGAGCAUUUGCGUCUGCACACAGGAGAACGACCAUACAAAUGCAAGGUGGAUGGAUGCGGAUUGUCGUUUAGGUUUGUAUCGGAUUAUAGUCGCCACAGACGGAAAACCCUGCACUAUGUCACAUAGAACGGCACUGAAUGCUGCAAAAUGGUGGCUGGAGAAAGUGAAAGGGCCUCUCUUUGGAAUUGAGAGUUGUUGUAAGAUCUAAUAUCUGGUUGGUUUUUUUAGUUGUUGUCUAGUGUUUUAGACCGUUGUUAUGUCUCUUUUUGUAGUAGAUGCGACUUCUUUCCACUUUUGAGAACGACUCACUCACACUCUUGUUUGCUUUGACUGUUAAACUCGUAACCAUUGGAUUCAAAAUGUUAAUAUGCAUGAUUUUCCCAUUUAA